AUCGAUCUGAUCUGCGCAAAAAAUAUCGAAACAGGCGCGACUAGGACACGCCAGGGGCUGCUACGCAAUUCAGUGGGGCAGCCCAAGCCAUCGACGGUUGGCAGUAUGUCCAAGUCCCCGGCGAAGCUGCCGACAAGCAGCAUCCCAAAAUCCCCAAUUACACCCUCGAAGCUCUCGAAGGAGCUCUGGCCGCCGCCGAGCCCCCCUCAAACCGGCGACGCGGCGCUCCUCGCGCGCUGCCGCAAAUUGGAAGUAGAGAACGGGAAGCUCAAGUCGGCGCAGUGCGUCUGGGACUCCGAGUGGACGGCGUUCACGCGGAAGCUCGAGGCCGCGGAGCACCGGGCGCGCGACGCCGAGGCGGAAAUUGCGCGGCUCCGGGCGGAGAGCAGCCCCAGGAGCCGCGCGUCGACGCUCGACGAGGAGGACGACGACGUCGACGAGCUCGAGCGCCAGCUCGACACUGUGGGAGAGAACGAGCGCCUCACGAGGGAGCUCGCGGCCGCGCGCGCGCGCAUCGCGGAGCUCGAGCGCCAGCUCGACCGGCGGACGGUCGAGAACUGGCCCCGGGAGCGCCGCGGGACCCGCUCGCCCGCGGAUGCGCGUGCGCCCAUCGAACUCGAGAUUUCGACGCCGCCGCCGCCGCCGUCCUCACCUCUUUCGUCGCAGUCGUGCCCGACGCCCGUCGUGUCCGGCGCCUUUAGCGGCCCCGGGUCCCGCCUCUGGUCCAUGAUCGCGCGGCCAGGGUUGUUGUGGCUGCCGCCGGAGUUGCAGGAGAUCGCCCUGUCGCGGGAAGCAAGUAAAUAAACACAUA